AUGAGCAAGAGAUUGAAAAAUGAGAGAUGGUGGGAAAGGGAGGACUUCGACGACCUCACAAUGGAUGAAAAGCUAGCCUUUCUCGCCAACGAUGGAGCGGAACUCAUGGGUCCUGGUCCAGACGGAGAAUUUCGCGAAGUGCGCGAAAAUGUCCGGAAAUAUGUCAAGGGCGAAAUCCAAUGGAUCAAGACCUACAAAGAAGUCCCCUCACCAAUCAAUAGCACACCCGUGCGAAUAGAUUCAUCUACACAAUCUACAGCAGAAACAAGCAGUUCUCAGGCACAUCAGACGAAGCCAACCACUUCGAAUGCCCCUAGCGGCCAGUGCCCAAGUUCGAAGACUUCCAGACCUCAGAAAAAAUCUUCUACUUCUGUGAGACAAGCUGAGCAGAAAAUUUCUAAGCGUGGCGCAUUUUCGAGUGAUUCAGAAAAUGAAGGCUUGACAGCGUCCAUCCCAGAGCGCCCCACAAAAGCUCUCAGAAAGAAACAGAAAAUUAUAACGGAUACGAAGGAUAGCAGUAUCUACCUGUCAGAUAGCGUUUCUGAUCAAAUCACUUCCACUGAAAUGGAUCGAUUCGUACUACCACCAGUCGAACGGCUUCCUCAAGAAACAAUCAACCGCUCAUCGCCGAAAACAUCAGAUUUCGAUACUCCAGAUCCGUCGAAAGAAGACGCCAGGCCUCCAGGAUGGAACGCUGCUUUGAACACAAGAGUAACUCAGACAUCUACUGGAAGUAGCGCUAACAGCUUCGAUCUUUUCCAUGAGUCUACGCCAGAGGAAAAGAAUGAUGUCAUCCCUCCGAAAAAGUCAGAAAAUUCGAAAAAGAAAGCUGCUGACGACAAGGGCUUACUAAACUCGGCGAAGAAGAAGCCCAAAUUUGACAACGGCCUCCCUGACUUUUCGGACAAUACACCUGAACCGUCGCAAGAUACCGUUCCUUAUCAGCCAGUGGUUUCAUCUGCACCGCAGCAAAAAUCAAAGAGUAAAGUCGAUUUUACCGACUCGGACUCUGAGAAAUCUCAUCCUCCAUCGCCUGAUGUGCAUUUCCACUCCCGUAGAAGCGGAAAAGAAUUGGUACAUUGUUUAUCUUCUGAUAACGAAAAUGAAGAGGAGGAAGCUCGUGAUUCAGGAUCUUCUACUACAAGGAUGCCUGCACAACCGAAACCGAAGAUUCUGAAAAAGAUACGGCCAUCUAUCACACCGAAACAAGCACUUUCCUCAAGCUCGGAUGAUGAUGAACCACAACAAUCAGAAAACCUCACAAAAACCGCAACUGUCAAUAGCUUCACCGUGAUUCCAGACACGCCAAAAGUGGAAAAUCGGCCAAAGCGACGAAUAUUUUAUAUACCGAGGCCAUCCCAAAGCUCGGACGAAGACCAACAAGCUCUUAAAAAUACGGUAAUGGUCAACGGUACCAUCGUUAUUUCCGACUCGCCGGAAACCCAGCGCAACGAAUCAAAAUAUGACUACGACAGCUACAAAGAUCAUGAUUAUCGCGAAUCAAGGACUUCGAUCGCAGCGAGAACAUCACCGCAGGAGGUGUCCCACGCUGAGCAUGGCGCAUUUUCGAACGAUUCAGACUCAGAGGACUGCGAAGAGCUCUAUAAACAGGGUAACCGCUCCUUCAACCUCCCUACAACGGCUUUGAGGUUGAACACCUCAGCUACACUUGCAAAGAGAACAACGAGAACCGCCACAAGGCCCCGAACCGUCUCGACAAGAGACAGCAAAAGGUUCGAUAGCUCAAGCGAUGAAAUUAAAACUACAGAAAGUGACAUUCAACGAAGAGGAGACUUGAAGAAAGUCAAACGAAAGCGACGACAUAGAAAUUAUGCCAUCCCCUGGUUCAACGUCGAUGAAAAAAAUCCAGUAGAAGACCCUAACGAACUGCCUAUAAUAACUGCUGGUGGAAAUCACGACGAUGCUGAAGUCAAUUCAGAUUUGAAUGAGAGAAUCGAUGAAGUUUCUAUAAGCCAACCAAAUGAGGCGAAAACAAACGAAAACUCGGAAGAAAAAUCUAACCGUCCUAGAGAAGCUGCUAUCAAAAGAAGACAUAACAUUCCUCCAAGGCCUGACUCUUCAGAAAAUAUGGAAAUCCAGAAUCUGAUCGUUGACGAGCAGGAAGAUUCGGUUGUACAGCCGGGUGAGACGAUGAUAGGCUUCGAUCCGGCUGAAAUCGUGAGUAAUAUCUACAGCAACCCUGACCUUGUCAAUGAGGACAAAGAGAACGCUCCUGCCGAUAUUGGGCUUCCAAAAGAAGAUGUUUUAAACAAGCUCAAUCUUUUCGGGGUCCCUGCUCAAUUCAUCGAAAUGCUAGCGAGUAAAAUUGAGGAGGAACUUGGGAGCGAAAUUCUGCGAAUAAGACAAGAGGACUUUCUCCUCAUCUUCAGCAACUGGCUUGCAGAGUGUCAAAACGCAGAGGAAGGUUCGUACUACAACGACAGCUUUGCAGACUUGUGCAAUACCUCACAGCUCUCUGACAGUCGGCCUGACAUUUCUGGAAUUUAUUCCCAAGGGCAUUCCCCGGCAUCUUCGGUAUCGGAAGAGAAUCGAGAUUCAGUCAGUCAGCUUUCGUCGAUUACUCGCUCGUUUUCGAUUCCAGCUCACCUAAAUCGCCCCUUGUUUGAGGAGACUAUAUCUGUUGGGAGCUACACAGGUUAUGGAGGCGCGAGUCCACAGAAAAAGCUCAAAGAAUCCAACUCGAUGGAGCUCUGCAAUUCGAAAUUGGCAGCUGAGAUCGCGAACUACAAGACUUACUACCAGAAAAGUCUUUCUGAGAAUGAGCGCUUGCAGCAGACUCUGGAUGUGAAAGAAAGGGAUUACAAAGCGAUCGAAGACGAGCUGGAGCAGAUGAAGAAACAGUAUAAAAUGAUGAAGCUGACGAAUGAAAAUCUCAACUCUGACAUAGAUCACAUGAAUGAGAUCAGAGAGGGCAGUCGCAAGAAAGAUGCGCGAAUCAAGGAGCUUGAACUGGAGCUCAAGUCGGUCAAUGAAGACUGUGAGAAAGCUUGGGAAAGAGUGAAUAUAUUGACUGGAGAGAAGGACCAAUUGAUCUCGGAUCUCGAAGAAGAGCGAUCGAGAAAUAUUGUGCUCCGCCAAGAGAUGACCAUUGAUCGCCAGGAAAUGGCAAAUCAAGUGAAAGAGCUGAGAAUGAACUGCGAAGAGCUUCGAAAGAACCUGGAAGACGAGAAGUUCCGCUGCUCUCAAGUGGUCAAAGAAUCCGAGGCUAAAUGCCGCGAGGUCGAAGAGUACAAAUCGCGCGUCCACGAGCUCGAGGAGAAAAUGCACGACUCUGGGGAGGUCAUUUACUUCUCCCCCGAAGAGCAAAUCAAGAAACAAAAGAAUUUGCAGGAUGAGUUUGAGCAAAGCACUGACUACAGGAGUUUCCAGCAUGAAGAGAUGCAAAGCCUCAAGAAAAAGCUAGACGAAGCAACUCGCAAAGCUGAGAUUGCGAUGAAAGAAAGAGAAGAGGGCCUGGAAACUGUUGCGCGACUUGAGCGAGAAUUGAAAACUGUCAGAGCGAUCACUCAGACCCGAAAGACUCCAGAGAAAAAAGCUAAAAAGGUUCCGGUGACGAAUGCUGCGAUUCAAACUUCGCCCAUCAAGGAGGUCAAAAAGAGAGUGACCCAAAGUUAUCUUCUCUCUUUGUCUCUCAGCCGAAACCAGCAACACGCUCUCUGGUAA